AUGUCACAAAACCAAAAUGUGCAGUCAUCUGACCCGUCACGCCAUUACAAUGGGAUACCUAAUCAAAACGUCACACAAUCCUACCAACCGCCCUUGCAGACAGAUAGCGUCAAUCAAAUAGCCGAAGCCCUUGCUAAAGUCACACAACUCCAGCGCCUGCCGCAAGCUAAGCCAGACAUCUUCACCGGGGGAGGGCCCCACACGAAAUUCUUUAUUUGGGAAACUGCGUUUAAUGCAUUAAUAGACACUGCCCCGGUGAGCGCGCAGCAAAAGCUUUUAUUGUAUCAGCAUCUCGGCGGCAAGGCUAAACUGGUAGUAGAGCAAUUACAGUACAUGGUUGGCGCAGAUCCCGACACUGCCUACCGUGAAGCUAGAAAUAAGCUGAGAAACCGCUUCGGACGCCCAGAUAUAAUAGCGACAGAAUGUGAAACAAAACUAACAAAUUGGCCAAAGAUAGCGCCUAACGAUGGAAAGGGGCUACGCGAAUUUAGUGACUUUCUGUAUCAAGUGCACGUUGCAAGCGCGCACAUGUCAGCCCUUAAGAUUUAUGAGUUCCCUUCAAAAAUACAGUCCCUAGUAGAAAAACUCCCGGGAUGGUUCGCGACAAAAUGGUCAAUCAAAGUGCAAGCACUGCAACAGGAAAGGGGGUACAGCGCGUUUCCUAGCUUUAGUGAUCUCGUCACAGAAGUAUGUUUUCACGCCGAGCGAAUGAACAUUCCUCAACUCACACCUACCAAGCACUCUAGCACUCCAUCUCCCAUACAAACGCACCGCAAGCCACAAGAGCGCAUUCACGAUGUACUCCUAACUAAAACCGAGGCCCAAAAGAAAGAAGCAUUUUGGUUAAACACACAGAAAAAAAGGUCUGCCCGUACCAUAACAACGCAGCGUCGCACAACCUAACUGAAUGUAAAAGGUUCAAAGAAAUCCCAUAUGAACAAAGGCUAGAGUUCCUAAAAUCAAAUGGGCUAUGUUUUAAAUGCACAGGAAAACACUUUCGUAAAGACUGUGAAGAAACUCCUCCCCGAUUCGAGGCCUGCAACAAGAACCACCUAACUUUGCUUCACGAAGACAGAAGCACCCCUGCUAAACCUGCACCCCCUAGCCCCCCAGAAGCAUCAGCAACAUGCACACAAUUCUGCGGAGGGGAGGGGACCGGUAGGUCGUUCGCCCGAAUAGUCCUCGUCAACCUCACACAUGAGUCACAGCCACACAAAAAACAGCUCAACAUACGCCGUCCUCGAUGAUCAAUCGACAGACGUAUUCAUCACGGAUAGUCUAUCAAGAUUGCUAGGAAUAACAGCACCGGAGCUCGACCUAAAGGUCAAUACUAUAGUCGGCUUUAACACAAUUCGUACAAAAAAGAUAACUGGUCUACGAAUUCAAGAUAUC